UUCGCGUGGUACCUCAUGAUGCCUAUAGUUACGAUGCUGGUUGUCAUCAGGACCGGAGCUUCUGUCGCAGAAAGGUACCUCGACGUCCAGAUUCCGGACAACAGGGCGCUGGUGACCUGGCUUGAAACACAGCGCAACAACCUGGAACAACUUCAGACUUCAACAAUGGGAAACAUUCGCACCCAGUGUGUCAACGAAGGUGUCCCCGUGCAGAGUUUAAUGAACACGUGGCCCUUCAACAUCGUGAACAGCGCAGCGCAACUACUUGGAAUCGUACCGGUGAGAGCUGAUCAGCAAGCAUCAGAAGUCGAAUCAACAUCUAUGCCACACCAGGAACCUGUGAAAAGCUCCUCCCAGCCAGAUACGUUGACCCAGAUUAAGACAGAGGAACACGCAGCACCCAGCUCUAGAGAGGCUGAAGAACGGCCAACGAUCGCUGCAGAGGAAGCGGAACGGGCAGCGAGGAGGACCAUAGUGCAGCCACAGCCGUCGGCCCCUCCGGAACACCUGUCUGCUGAGGCAUCGGAGAGGGCGGUCAUGGACGUGGUUCCUCCAGCACAACCAGCGGUCCCAUCUGUGUCCUCAGAGGAGCUGCUGGCUGCCGAGGGUGAUUCUGGAUCCGAGCCUGGAGUGAGCAGGAGAAAGAGGAGAAAAGCAAGCUCCAAAGCCACGAAGGCGUCGCUUCUCUUCAAUCUGUUCGGGCCAAAGAUAUUUUAAAUUAUCUUUGUAUACGAUUAUGCCGGUGUUAAUGAGAAAGUAUAAAUAAGAAAUUCUAUUAGCUUCCGACUAGAACAUAAUAUUCCGAAAAAAUAAUAUUCAGAUUUAUGGAAAUUAAUUUUAACAUACCAAAUACAUGUUCAGUGAUGUCUAUACUUGGAUAUUGUAGUUUUAUA